UGGGAAGACAAAUUCAUCUUAUUACUGGAUCUACAAACAGGAGAGGACAAAUCAAAAUUCAACCUAAGGUUUCCCAGAGCUCGUUCUCGAUGUAAUCCGACUGAGACCACGUAUCUUAUUGCCUUCACGAUAGUCUUGUAGCCUUCGUAUUCAGAAUAUUCUCCCUGUCGCUACAAUUUGUGAGCGUUAAGGCGGGCGUCAUCGAGAGGGCCGCAGUUCCUCCAUACAUUCCUCCCACAUGACUUAACAGCUCGUCCUAGCGUCGCCAACGAACCCAAGAGGGAUUGUUGAGAAAGCUAAUCGACAAUCUUCAACAACUAAACACAUACCUUCAAAGUACAUCCUAUCCGACUAUACCAUUCCUAACAUCCCACCCGGACAAAGCAAGAUCUGAAAAAUGCCAGCUUUUCCUUCAGAAACUUUCAUAUCUGAGGCAGUGGGGGAGGUUUCGGCUUCGGAUAAUGGUGACGGUAGCGUUUUUCUGAAGAUUCUUGUCAUUGGAGCUAUCCUUCUUGCGACAGGCGGAGGAGCUAUAAAAUGGAUGUAUCCGAACACCAUUGAAGACGUAGAAGGGCAGAUACAGGCUGUUGACGAGUUGAUUCGGGAGAAUAUGACUCUUGAGCGCAAUAUUUUGGGGAAUUCAGCAUGGAGUUACAAGAGAACGUUGUUCAGGGAAAACGAGGUGGCAUGCAGGAUAAGAAACAGAAUGAGCAGAGAACCCGAUAGGAAAGAUGUGAUUGCUUGGGUUUCCUUCGAGAUGUGCCAAAUGCGCGAUGUGCAGGUGAACUACCGAACCUUGAUGGAAUUACAGGAGGACUUGAUGACGGAGAUAGAUAAUCGAAAGCGAAGCUUACCUACGGGGGCCCGCCAAUACUGACGAUCGUUCUCAGUGAACCCAACUGCCGCUUCCAUCUAACAGAAGGGUUGGACGACAACCAGUUGAUCUUGCCCCUAAUGGGGACUGUUGUACUGUUUUGAUUUGCAUUGAUUAUGAGUUGCCUUGAAGUUUUGGCCGGAUGGACUUGAUAACCUCAACCUAAGCAGGAAGCGAACAGUAGACCGAAAGUGCGACUAUUUCACCACCUCUUGCUGCCCUUUG